UCCACAAAUCCUUAAAAAUACCAAAAUUGUUAAAACAAAGAAUAACUACUGAAGUCAAUAAUUUAUCUAUCUUGCAUAAUUCACCUGCAACUACUGAACUCCUCACUCCCUCCCUCCCUCACUCUCUCUUCACGUUGACCAAAAUGUCAGAAGCACUUAUCCAAAUCGGAGUAGUAGGCUGUGCCGACAUAGCCAGAAAAGUUUCCCGCGCCAUCAAUUUAUCGCCAAACGCAACUAUCUGCGCUGUCGCCAGCAGAUCAUACGACAAAGCCUCCACUUUCGCCGCCGCCAACGGCUACCCUCUGACAGCGAAGGUAUACGGGAACUAUGAAGCUCUACUGCAAGACCCGGAUGUGGAUGCUGUCUACAUGCCUCUUCCCACUAGCCUGCACCUCCGGUGGGCCGUUCUUGCGGCCCAGAAUAAGAAGCACCUGCUUCUUGAAAAGCCCGUUGCUCUGAACGUAGCUGAGUUCGAUGAAAUUGUAUUGGCUUGUGAGUCUAAUGGUGUUCAGUUCAUGGAUAAUACUAUGUGGGUUCAUAAUCCUAGGACUGCUGCAAUGGCUCAGUUCUUCAAUGACAAGAACCGUUUUGGUCAACUCAAAUCGGUUCGCGCCUGUUUUACAUUUGCUGCUGAUUCUGAAUAUCUAAAGAAAGACAUCCGUGUGAAGCCAGAUCUUGACGCACACGGUUCUCUCGGUGAUGCGGGUUGGUAUUGCAUCCGUGCAAUCCUCUUGGCUUCCAACUAUGAGCUCCCUAAAACAGUAAUCGCCUCACGCCAACCAGUGCUUAACAAAGACGGAGUUAUAUUAGAUUGUGGUGCAUCGCUAUAUUGGGAAGAUGGAAGAGUAGCAACAUUCCAUUGUUCUUUCUUAGCAAACUUGACAAUGGAUAUAACAGCUAUUGGAACAAAAGGAACUCUUCAUGUUCAUGAUUUUAUUAUUCCUUAUGAAGAGAAAGAAGCAUCUUUUUAUGUUGGUACAGAAUCUAGUUUUGAUGAUCUUGUUACUUGUUGGGCUAAACAACCAGUUAAAUGUACUGUUAAAACUGAUCUUCCUCAGGAGGCUCUUUUGGUUACCGAAUUUGCACGUUUGGUCGGAGAAAUUAAAUUUAGAAAGUCUAAACCGGAGAAGAAGUGGGCGAUUAUUAGUAGGAAAACACAGCUUGUUUUGGAUGCUGUUAAGGCUUCAAUUCAUAGAGGUUUUGAACCUGUUGAGAUUGAGGAGUGAAGUGAGGAGUACGUUUUGCACUACAUGUAUGUAUCUUCUCAAUAUGUUGUACUCUGCUCAAUUGACAUCUUUGGUUUAUCUGUUAAAAUGUUAACAGAGAUUCCAAAAUAAAAGUUACAUUGUGCGCGUCCACAAGUUCUAGCUCAUCUAACAAAAAUACGCCGAAAUUGUUAGGCCGGAUGCCAGACCGGGGUUCGAACCCUGGUUCGUUCACUUGUGUGUGUGAGUUUAUGAUGACUAGAUGCUUGUUAAAGAGUCUAAAUUGUUGAAAGAUAUCUGGUUAAUUGUUUCUAUCUAAGGUUCUUGUCCGUUAAUUGUUGAAAGGUUCUUAUCCAUUACUUUAGGCCUCACUCAUUAUUGAAAAUUAUUAGGCCAGUCCUAUUAUCUCUAUUCCAGAUAACAUUUACAUAUAUGUAUUGAGUAU